AUGGGAGCUCUCUCUUUGGGAUUGACAAUUGGUUUAUCCACAGGUGUUUUAAUUGGAGUGCUUUUGGCCGGUGCAGCCCUACUCUGCAUUAGGUUGCACAAUAGACGCUCAACGAUAGGAAACAACAGCUCAAGGAGGACUUCAACCAUCCCUAUCCGAGCAAAUGGUGAUGAUACUUCCACCAUAUUAUCAGACUCGACAGCUGGUGUGGAGUCCCCCAAAGCCAUGGAGAUUCAUGGUGUCACAUCAUGGCUGGAAGGAAGUAGGAGGAAGAGUUUAGUAUCUGCUUCUGGAGUACCCAAAUAUUCAUACAAGUAUAUUAUUCUCCUUCGUGACAUCAUUCUACUACUCAUUUCUGCCAUUUCAUGAGCUUCAGAUUCGGUGGUGACACUUUUUGAUGCUAGAGGAUUAAGUAGAUUAAGUCCUUUUGAUAAUCCUAUAGUUGGCAUGGCAUAAAACAAUAGCCCUUCUUUUAGUUUAUUUAUUUUUACGUUAGAGUGCAAAAUUUAUUGUCUGUUUUGACAGGUAUACCGUUUUAAAGGAUUAUGUCGUCAAUUAUUUUAGCAGGGACAGAUUCUGCUCUGCAAAUUUUCUUAAUCCAAGGAAAUGCCUUAUGAAUCAUAUUGUGUGCUACUUGUAUUUCCUUAAAAUAGUUAUCCAUCUCUAUUGUGUAAGUCUCUCUCUUAUGUGCCUUCAAAUUUAUUAUCAUGAAACAAUUGAAUCAAGACCCAGUGUAGACAUCUAACAUAUGACUUUUUAUCAUAGAUGGGAGAAAGAAGACAUUCUCAUGACUCUUUUCGUAUUGUAAGAAAACAGGCAGGUUAUGCUGACCAGGGUACAGUUUCGAUAAACGUUUUCUUCCCAACCCAUUCAAAAUAUAAUUAAGCUGCGGGCGAAGUUUAAUAGAUUAUGUCAAAUGUUCUCACAAAAUUUUGUGGAUACCUCCGUGGUUUCCAAAAAGACGUAUCUGUCGAAGUUCGCAGAAAGUAGCAUUGCGUUAAACAACCUGUUUGAAACUUUAUCUGGAUGCAUUCUGAUUGUGUGUUUUGAAGAAGAUUUUUAAAUACAAGAAUUGGGUACCCCCUUCGUGAUUGGCUUCUCUACUGAGCAUUCUGUUAAGGAACUGUUGAUUACUGUUAUUUCUUGAAAACUACAGUUCUCAGAAUUGAAUCAACUUUUGAGUUGGAUACUUGGAUUAUAAGUGACGAGUAUGUCCAAUGAAAGAGCAAUCGUUGAAUGCAAAAAUUAAAUUGCCUCAAUGUACCGACCCUUCGACCUGCACCAAAUGUCAGGAAGAUGAAUCAACUAGUUCUGGGAGAAUCUGCCUCAAUGGCACCAUUCCGAUGCUCCCAUGGCUCUCUCAAUCCCUAGUAGGAGGUCUAAUUCGUGCUCAUAACAUUAUAUUUCGUGACAAACAUAUGGGUGGAAUAAUGCCUUUUUUCAUUUUGUGACAUGAGGAUUGCUGGGAAGAAAAAAUACUCUCCCUUAAUAUCUGGUGACAACUUAUGUCAUGCUAGUGCUUCAGGUUGAGUGAAAGGAGAAACGAGAAUGUAUCGUUUAAGAUGACAUUGAUCUUUCAGGAUUAAAGUCUAGUAGAGGAUCAUGCCCUUCAUAAAAACAAAAAAUUAUAAUAAACUUUAUUUUGGCAUUUUAUCCCAUUCUUGUCAAUUUCAAUGCAGGGAUCUGCAAAAGGCGACUUCCAAUUUCACAACAGUUUUAGGUCAAGGUGCAUUUGGACCUGUUUAUAAAGCUCAGAUGCUCACAGGCGAAACAGUAGCGGUUAAGGUUCUUGAUAGUAAGUCAAAGCAAGGGGAGAAGGAAUUUCAGACCGAGGUAUUUUCCUUUUCUAGAAUAUAUGCACCUUACGCAGCAGAUGAUGAUGCUUUGAAGUUACUGCCAAUAUCUGGUAAAGCUAAUCAAUAACUACUAUGGGACAAUUCUUUGCUGAAUAGUGAUACAUUUUCAAUUAUUCUGAAGAUAUUAUGGCGAUACAGGUUCUUUUUCUGAUAAUCAACGUAUGCUUAAGAAACCAGCUGCAUUGUAUUUAAUGACUAAUCCGUUGGGCAUUUUAAUUUUUUUUCAUCCUCUUCACCGUCAGCCUUUCUCAUCUAGAGAGUAUAUCAAACCCCUUAGAUUAGGCCCUUGCCCCCUCCUGUAUAUUAUAUGCACAAGUUCAUCCUCUGUUCUACCUUCUGUCUGCUUACUACCUUCCUCCUGUCCUUUCCUCUUCUCUUCUUCUAUUUAUUCAUCUUAUGCAUAGCAUAUUCCCCUUUUUUAUUUAAAACCUAGAGUUCUCCUAGCUUCUUUGCUCUCAUGCCCUUUCCCUUAUUGAAAUAUCUUUGGUGUUAUGCUAUAGAUAUUGUCAUUUUACGAUGUGUUUUCAGAUUUCAAUGUGUCUUGUUAGGUGCUACUUCUUGGGAGAUUGCAUCACAGAAAUCUUGUCAAUUUGGUGGGAUAUUGCUCUGAGAAGGGACAGCGCAUGCUUAUAUAUGUUUUCAUGCCAAAUGGGAGCCUUGCUUCCCACCUAUAUAGUAAGUAUUGGAAUAACACGUCUGCUUUUAAUUAUUAUUAUUAUUAUUAUUAUUAUUAUUAUUAUUAUUAUUAUUAUUAUUAUUAUUAUCAUUAUUAUUAUUAAUGUCAAACAUAUUCUCAUGUAUAUAAAUGCUUCUUAAGCUUUGCCACUUUGGACAUUUAAGACGAACUGUACAGAUUUAGGAACCCCCCCCCACCCCUAAAUGUGCUCGCUGCCAUGAAAACUUCUCGAGGACAAAAAAGAGGAACUCUGACUGCAUAUUCCCACAACAACGAGGGAAACUCACCCAGUCAACUAACUUCGGGGAUCUCUGCCAAAAUAGAAGGAGAAAUAUCAGCCUUUUAAAACCGCUCCUUCGUUCAUAAAACCGUACAAGUCGCAGAGUAAUCGAGGUCAGCCGCGAAGUCAAAGUGGUCAAUGCCAACUUUGAGUCGCAGAAGCAGCCAUAGAAGAAAAUUUCUGGACAAAGACUCCACAUACUUUCUCUGACUUAUUCUUCUCAUAGCCAACUAUUUUCGGUAAACAUUGACUAAUCCCACCUUUGUGUACUUGGUGAUGAUCACAGGGGAGGAGCACGAAUCCCUGGUGUGGGACCAGAGAAUCUCCAUUGCUCUUGACGUGGCACGGGGCCUGGAGUAUCUGCACGAUGGGGUACUUCCUUUUCCAUUUAUGACAUGUCUGGAUGUUUUUUUCUCAGACUUAAUUAUUUUCUUUUUUUUUUGUUUUUCUUUUUUCAUGCAGGCUGUUCCUCCCGUGGUGCACCGUGAUAUCAAAUCCUCGAACAUACUACUGGACAGUAAUAUGAGAGCCAGGGUAUGGUUAAAUCCUCCUAUUCAUGGAAUUAUCCAAAUUUAUCUAUUUCUCGAUAUAUUUGAUGAUAAUUGUCUGAUCCUGUUUGACUGUUUCAAUGGUUGACCAAUGGUUGACUGUUUCUCCAUUUGGCUAUUUUUCAUUUUUUUUAUUUCGAUAAAUGCGGUUUCUGAUGAGAAAAUGACCAAUCUGCAUCGCAGAUGUGGAUUAAUCUUCGUUGUGAAUGUUCUCUGUGAGUAGGUUGCUGACUUCGGGCUGUCGAGGGAAGAGAUGGACAUCCCACACGCUUCCAAUAUCCGAGGAACCUUUGGGUACCUGGAUCCGGAGUACAUAUCCAGCAGGGCGUUCACGAAGAAGAGCGACGUGUACAGCUUCGGGGUGCUGCUUUUCGAGCUGAUAACCGGGAGGAAUCCUCAGCAGGGCCUCAUCGAAUACGUUGACCUCGUACGUCCUUCUUUCCCUUAUUGAAUGCCACUUAGAAAACUUCCCAGUUGACUCAUUUGAUACCAUGCCUAGAAAAACUUUGCGCAGAGAUAAGCGUUGACUUUUUCAUCUGCAUCAUAUUUUCGUGCUGUUGGUGCGUUACAAAAACAGAAGGUGAUAAAGUAAUAUUUAUAAUAAUAAUAAUAAUGUUGAUGUCUAAUGAUAUCAUUUCCCAAACAACUCCUGACCUCUAAGUUGACCUGAUAUCAUGCACCCUCCAUAUUUCUAUCCAUGAUCACUUCUCUCCAUGCACCUUCUAGGGGUGUAGCUAUCUCUCUCUCUCUCUCUUAUCUCUUCUCUCUCUCUCUCUCUCUCUACCGCUCCCCUGCUCUCUCCCUGUGGAUUCAUACAUAUGUAGAAUGGAGGGCAGAAGGUCACAUGAUUUGCCCCGACACAGAUGCAGAAAGUCUACAAGUCGGGGUCGUCUGAAACCACCCCCAGUCAGCAGGAACACCGAGCAAUACCUCUCGACGCGGAUCAAGCAUGCUCGGACCUGGUCGCAUUGACGGCUGGUGAUCAUUUUCAGGCUGCGAUGAACGCCGAGGGUGUCGGAUGGGAGGAGAUCGUGGACGCCAGGCUGAACGGCGCCUACAGUGCCCAGGAGCUCUUCGACGUGGCCAACCUGGCCCACCGCUGCCUCCAACCCCACUCCAAGCGGCGGCCCUCCAUGCGGGACAUCGUCCAGUCUCUCUCCUCCAUCGUCAACGACCCCCACUUCAGAAGGCGCCAGGUUAGACGGCCGUCCGAUUCCCAGGCUUCGAUCUCCGAUCAUCACAGACGGCCAUCGUCUCUCGGCAGCGGAUCUGACUUCACCGACGCCUAA